AUGGUCGAUAUGGAACUGGCACUUGAAGAAGAUCAGGAACAGGUCGAGUCGUAUACUGAUGAAAUUGCUGACUGUUGUGAUCGCAUUGAGGCCAUCGAUGAGUUUGUGCGUGAGAUUGAAGCUGGUAAUGUUCCAGCAAUGGGGGACGUUGCUUCCGUCAUGUCCAACAUGGCAGAAGAACGCGAGGAGGAGAAAAAUAUGCUGCAGCUGUUAGGGGAAGCUCGUACGUGUCACGAAGAGCAGCUUCAGUACCUAAAAAUCCAGCUUGGAAGCCUUCAAGAAGAACAAUUGAUGUUACAAAAGAAGAGUUUUCAGAUCAUGUGUGCAUUUGAAUGUGCAGGAAUCUUUGACUGGAUGGCAAGACUUGCUGAAUACAGCACGAUCAAGAUGCUAUAG